AUGGCAACCCCAGGGGCACCAACACUGUGGGCUCUUGCUUAGGGGCUCCCGAGUGCUGCCGGAAGUGACGCGUUCACCUGCCGAGCUGGGGCGGGGCGCAGAGGUGCCUUCGCUGCUGCCACCGCCGGGAGCCAGUCGGGAGUGUACCAGGCUCUGGGAAAACCAGGACUCCCAGCUGAGAGAGCCUUUACCUGCAAGCGGCGACCCGGCAGCUACUACCAUGGCGCGCCUACUGCGCUUCGUGAUCCUGUGCGGGAUCGCGGAUUUCACCAGUGGUUUGAGCAUCAUUACACCUGAACAGAGGAUCGAGAAAGCAAAAGGGGAAACUGCGUAUCUACCAUGCAAGUUUACUCUGGACCCUGAAGACCAGGGACCCCUGGACAUCGAAUGGCUGAUAUCCCCGUCUGAUAACCAGAUAGUGGACGAAGUGAUCAUCUUGUAUUCUGGAGACAAAAUUUACGAUAACUACUAUCCGGAUCUGAAAGGGCGGGUGCAUUUUACGAGUAAUGACGUCAAGUCUGGUGACGCUUCUAUCAAUGUCACCAAUCUGCAGUUGUCCGAUAUUGGCACUUACCAGUGCAAAGUGAAGAAGGCUCCCGGGGUUGCAAAUAAGAAAUUUCUGCUGACAGUUCUUGUUAAGCCUUCAGGUACAAGAUGCUUCGUGGAUGGAUCGGAAGAGAUUGGAAAUGACUUCAAGCUAAAAUGUGAACCAAAAGAAGGCUCCCUUCCACUGCAGUAUGAGUGGCAGAAAUUGUCAGACUCCCAGACAAUGCCUACUCCGUGGCUAGCAGAAAUGACUUCACCGGUUAUAUCUGUGAAAAACGCCAGUUCUGAGUAUUCUGGCACAUACAGCUGCACAGUCCAAAACAGAGUGGGCUCCGACCAGUGCAUGCUCCGACUGGACGUCGUCCCUCCCUCCAACCGAGCUGGGACGAUCGCGGGCGCUGUCAUAGGGAUACUGCUGGCCCUUGUGCUCAUCGGGGCCAUCCUCUUCUGCUGUCAUAAAAAACGCAGAGAUGAGAAGUACGAGAAGGAAGUGCAUCACGAUAUCAGGGAAGAUGUGCCUCCUCCAAAGAGCCGGACAUCCACUGCCAGGAGCUAUAUCGGCAGCAACCACUCCUCCCUGGGAUCCAUGUCCCCUUCCAACAUGGAGGGGUAUUCCAAGACGCAGUACAACCAAGUCCCCAGCGAAGACUUUGAACGUGCUCCUCAGAGCCCGACUCUGGCACCCGCUAAGGUAGCUGCCCCUAAUCUAAGUCGAAUGGGAGCGGUUCCUGUGAUGAUCCCAGCACAGAGCAAGGAUGGGUCUAUAGUAUAGAACUCUGCACCUCUCUCUUCUGCGUUCCAUGGUUCGUUUCUUCUCUUGACAUAUCAAAACUUAUUCUAUUCUAAGUUUUGUUAACUGUAGCCCUUGUAUAUGUGUGUGUGUAUAUAUGUGUGUAUAUAUACAUAACAUGUAUAUAUACAUAAUAUAUAUGUAUAUAUAUACGUACACACACAUAUAUGUGUAUAUAUAUAUGAAGUUCAUAAGUAACAUGCUCCGUAAGAUUUUUUUUGGUUAGUGAAACAAUAAAGGCUUAAGAGUAAUGGCACUGACCAUCUGGAAAAUUUGGAGUUUCUUACCAAGUUAAUUUUAAGGGCAUCUAAAUAAUAAUGCCCUUAUCUUCUAUCUUAAGAAAGAUAUAGCACUUUGAAUAUGAUGUCACAGGUGAAGAAAUUUGAGAAUUUAGAUACAUACCAAGUUGAUUCUUGAAUCAUCUGAAAAUGAUACUUUGUAGUUUCUACCAUUUUUAGGCUAUCUGUCUCAUUUAUUUAUGAAGAACAGUAUCUCUCAAAUUAAAAAAAAAUCCACAGAAAAACUACUUAAUGUAUGCAUUUGUUUUUAUAGUCUGAGAAGUCUAAGUAUAUUUGAUUAUCUGUAAGAGUAGGGGACAUUAGUGUUUGGAAAUGACUGGUUUUAUUUCUAAGUCAUUCAAUAGUCAUCUAUGACAUGAUUUUCCUUUCUUUUUCCUUUUGUUGUUUUGAGAAAGGGCCUCAGUACGUUCGUAGCCCAGGCCGGCCUCAAAUCCUGAUCCUUCUGCUUCAGCUUCUAGAAUGCUGGGCUUAUAAUCCUGGCCAUAGAGCAGUGUCUUAAGUAUUUAGCCCAUACACUACAGAGGCAACCGGAGGUCGUAACGUUCUGUGCACUACAAAAAGCACGUUUCAGCUUCAGAAGCAUCUGCUGCUGCCUCACACAGAGCUGAACCUUUGAUGCUACAUGGAUCAGGGUAGGAGGAGGAUGGAUAAGGGCUGUGUCCAUGCUUCAGAGCCUGUGGACCGCUGCAAAACUCUGACCAGGCAGGAUGACCGUGUCAGAUUUGUCAGUCUGCAGCUAAACACUGGCCUUCAACUGUAGAUGAUGGUUUUGCAAUUGGAAAAGGAAGGAAGGAAGGAAGAAAGGAAGGAAGGAAGGAAGGAAGGAAGGAAGGAAGGAAAAUUUAACUUACUUAUUUGGCAGUAAUGGGCGAGAAUUCUCAAAUUACUGACUUUGAAAUUUGUGUUUUUGUUCCGUGACAGACCGUACUGCAUAUUUUAUGUUGUAGAAACAGGUAAUCUAGGCUUUUGAUUUUGGAGUGCGGUUCCUGGAGGCUAUUUUUCUCUAAGAGUCAGUGAACAAAUAUAUUUGAGGCAGGUUACUUGUCUUCCACUAGUCCUGAAUUCCAGACACGGGCAGUGUGCUUGGUGACCUGUGGCCAAAACUGCCUCUCUACUGUUGUCAGAAAUCAAAUUUGAGACUUAGUUUUGUGAAAGUGACUUACUCUUAAAAGAAAUUUUAAAAGGAGUAAAGGGAAUACUCCUGUCUGCCAAAUGUAUUAAAUAUAGUUUUCGUAGGAAAAAAAAGUGAAUUUAUUGUAUAUCCCUUAAGAUUGUGAGGGAGUGUGUGUAGAGUAUAAUGAGCCAGCAUUUUCUUUAUAGUAGCUAAGGUCUGUAAUAAAAGAUGUCAUUAACUGCAAAUCCUUUCCCCUACCAAUUGGUCUCUGUUAAUCUCUUCAGGUGCUGUGCUGGUACAUUAAUAAAUGCUACAUUAUAAAUUAAUGUCGGCAUGCAUUUACGAUUAAGCAGAAUAUUGUGUAUACUUCUUAAUGGUGAAUUGAAACUGAAUGUCCAUGUAAUGGAUUCGUGUACAGUUUUACAUAUUUGGAAGCAUUUUUUAAAAAAUAGGUUUAAACCUCACAUAAAAUUACUUUUUAUAUGUGUUGUUUUCAUCUGUGCCUUUUUAGGUAACUUUGACUUUUAGGUACAAUGACUUUCUGGUGCCUAUGAGCUAGCAAUCACCUACCUUGGAGGUGUUUAACGGUGAGGGUACUGUUUUCAGAAGCACAUCAAUCACUGUGGCUCCUUUCUACCCUAGAGUCUCAGUCUCGCCUUUUCUUCUGGCCUCCUCUCUCCUUGAUGUCUGUCACUUAAAUGAGACCACUGUUUGUUAGGAUUUAAAAGAAAUUCACACCCUCAGUCUGCUUUGACUGUGUUUCUAGUUUCUAAUCAUAGCCACGUUUGACUCUCAGAUGUUUGGCAUUGUUAUAUUACAAGAACAAACUGGAAUGCAGAUCUUAACAGUCUUUAGGUAAUGAAGAUUAUGCUAGGUAGAAAUCACUACAAAAAGCAGAUGUGUGGAAUCUUUUCCUUUCCUUAGACUUCCUAUUUGUUUAAAGGUAAACAAAAGCUAGAGUAUCCAACUAUUUUUAGUCUAGAACUGUAGCAACUAUAAUCUGAAAGAGAAACUUGUUUAAAAAACAAAGCAAAACAACACACCCUGAAAACCAACAGGCCCAGAGGAUAUGGAAUCAGAGACACAGUUAAAUGUAAGGCUUUGGUCUGCAUCUCUUCUUGCCACUUGUCUCAGUUUACCCAAAGGUCAGACAAGUACUAGGGAUGUCCCAGACAAUCUCACUGAUUUUAGUCAACCCAGGAGCAAGUAUUUGCUCUAGAAUCAAUGUGAGUAAUGGUCAACCACUCAUCAGCUUUGCUGGUGCACUGUAAUUAGAGACCCAGUGGGAGUUUAGGCCUUCACAGCACACCUUUCUGAUUCCGCUCUAUCCAUGAGAGACUUAACCCAUAUUUUAAUGUUCCAAGGAGAACAUUAAAACAUCUCUGGAGAGAAAUGACACUACGGACUCACCAGUCUGUGUUCUGGAUACAGAACAGUUUAUGAGUAUUAUUAUUGAUAAUCUUAGUAGUAUUUUCCUGUUAGAAAGCCUCCCCUGCUGUUCCAAGUCUGGAAUUGGUUUUCAUGAUUUCAUAGUUACAUAGUUACAUAGACAAAUACUUCCUUACAUCUGAGUUAUCUACCCAAGGAUUUAUUAGUAUGGAAACACAGACUGAGUGUAUUUAGUAGGGAAGAUCCAUAUAGAUUCUGGAAAUACCUAAUUUCAGGUCCAUAUGGCUGUGCACAUCUAUGAUCCCAGAACUCAGAGGCACAGGAAGAUCAUGGAUUUGAGGCCAGUAGCCAGUUCAAAGCAAGCCUGAGAUUAACAGAGAGACCCGGAGAGUAAACUCAGUAGUACAGUAUUUUGCCUAGAAUGGGCAAAAAAGACUUGAGGCUUGAAUCUGAAUUCUUUUAAGAAAUAAAUUUCAGACUGUGCCCUGGGAAUUAGUUUAUGUGGAGAGGCAAGUAAACUUUUUUGAUUCAGAAGAACUCACUGCAUGUCUUUGGCAAUUCUUUAAUGCGUGACUUAUUAAAUAACUACUGUCUGUCUGUACAGCAUGUAAAUUUGAAGCUAUGUGAAUGUUCAUAGGUUUCUGUUUUUUCUAAAAUAUUUCCAACAGUGUUUAGCGUGCUCUCAGCUGCCUUAUUUCAGUGUGAACAGAUAAUGUUCCUCUUUUAUGUGGUGAAUGCUUUAAAUAUGUCACUUACUGAGUAGUGUGUAGAAAAAGGCUGGCACGAGUUUAAGUGGUUUGCAACAUAUAUAUGUACAUACAUGUUUAUAACAUUAUUGUGUUUCAUAGUAUAAAUGUUCUGGGCAAGUUUUAAUAUUUCAAAUGCCUCUGGAUAUUCCAGCAAUAAAGGCAACAUGUCCUGCAGUCGUUUGCCUACAUUGACACUAAAAUAAUCUGUAUUUGAGCAAGAUUCCUUUUGAAAAUAUUACAGAAAGAGGGAAUAAAUAAAUGUGUGAAUUGUGGUUAUUUCUCCUUUGGGAAGGCUGACCAUUUGUUUACCUUCCUUGACUUCUAAGUCCAAGCUUAUGAAAUGUGUCCCAGUUUGUAACUUAUAGAGGCCAUCAGUUGGCCUUGGUGUUUAUUCAGACACUAAGAAGUCUGCUAAAGAUGGACUUUGGGAUUUCUGCUCAUUUGUUUAAUGACACAGGUGCUAAGAGGACCACAAUUCGCCAGUUGACUUAUUCUUCCUCCUAAUUGUGAAUUUUGGCAAUAAACACAGUUGUAUUAAGAAUACUAAUUUUGACACCCACAUUUGCAAAGCUAUUGGUAGUGUCAGUCUCAGAUUUUGUAUUUCAAGUAUCUGGCUUAUCUACUGAUGCAGAUUUUAAAGUUUGUAAGAUCAAUUUUGUUUAAAAACAGAAACUUGCUCUUAGUUUUGUGACCUUGUGUACUUUUGAAAUAAAACGAAGAAAGCGGUCCCCUGCCUUUG